AUGGACUCUGAGUCGGAAACUUACAAAUUUUGCAUUGUUGUUGGCGCUGGUGUAGGCGGCCUCGUGCAGGCUGCGGAGUUGCUGCGAAAGAAAGUCUUACAGCCGCAGGACUUGCAUAUCCUGGAACGAAACAGUGAUUAUGGAGGCGUUUGGAAAGCUGCAACUUAUCCAGGUGCUGCCUGCGAUGUUUUUAGUUGCACCUACCAAGUCAGCUGGCAUCGAAAUCCAGACUGGAACUAUCUUUUCCCCACAGCUUCAGAACUUGUCCAAUACUAUCAAAACUUUGCCAAAUAUUACAAGAUCACCGACUGCACUACCUUUGACCAGAACGUUACACAAGCCACUUGGUCUGAAGAGCGAUCGUUGUGGGUCGUGGACGUUGAAGAUGCCCUAUCUGGAGCAUGCAAACGUUGGACUUGCCGCAUUCUUAUACAGGCUGCCGGAACGUACAAUCGAACAAGCACACCGCAAAUUCCGGGAAUGGACCAGUUCACGGGCGAUAUGUGGCAUGCUUCUGAGUGGCCAGCAAAGUACGACUUCACCGGAAAGUCUGUGGCAUACGUCGGAACUGGCCCAACAUCUGUUCAGGUACUGCCAUAUAUUCAAGCACAAGCAAAGUCGGUCAGUGUAUUUUGCCGAAGCAUGACUUACUGCCAUCCGUUCAACAACUUUAAAUAUCCGGCUUGGAUCAAAUGGGCCUUCAGAUGGAUCCCUGGGUUUCUUGCCUUGUACGCCUUCUUGGUUGGGAAUCUUUUUGGUCUCUGGGCAUAUUUCGCUUUUCGACCUGAAUCUUGGAUGGCGAAGAAUACCGAGCGCUAUUGUCGCCGUACUUUAGAGAAACAAGUGCCUGACAAUAUUCUGCGUCAAAAAUUAACGCCGGUCGGCCGAUUUGGAUCUAAGAGGCCAUUGGUGUCUCUCUCGGGAUUCUUUGAGACGCUUCAGAAGGAUAAUGUUGAGGUAAUUGGUAACCCCAUUGUUGGGGUUGAUGAAUAUGGCGUUAUUACAAAGCGACCACACACAGACGAUGUCGUUUUGCAGAUUGACGAUUCAACCGCAGUCAGCCGCCAGAGCUCAGAAUCUCAACCAAAGACACAGUCUUUGCAUAUUCAAGCAGAUGUUCUCAUAUGGGGAACUGGGUUUAAAAUGCAAGGCUGGGGUGGAGCAGUGCCUACAAUAGGUCGUGAUGGUCAAGUUCUCAGCGAUCAUUGGAAGAAUUCGCCUAAUGCUCUAUAUGGAACAAUGACAUCAAAAUUUCCCAAUCUCAUCUUCAUGAACGGCCCCAACACUACUACGCCUUGGUCAAGUUUGAUCCGAGGACUGGAGAUGCAAGCGGCAUUCAAUCUCAAGAUCAUUCGACGCAUCUAUCAACAAUCUGUCACGCUUCCACGUUAUACCAUAGAACCCCGCCGAGAAGCAGAAGAAGCUUGGACAACAUCCAUGCAGCCAGAGCUCAACAAACUUGCUACUAGCCCGCAAUAUGGACCUGCUUUUUAUUAUUUGAAUGAAAGCGGACAAAAUACCUUCUUCUUUCCGUGGGCACAACGAUAUUACCAAUGGAGGACAAGAAGAUUAAAUAUCGUGGAGUAUGUUGAGUCGGGAUUGUCCAACUUGAAGUAG